AAAAUUAUUUUCGUUAUAACAGGUACAAAACACCAGCUGUUAUCAAACAUUUAAAGUCAGUUUAAACCUGACUGCGCUUGUGGACAAACGCUUUCUAACAGCUGGUAUUUUAUACUUGUUAUGACAAAAUUUAUUUUUAACAACUGCUUGAUCACUAAUAUUUAACGACGGAAGCACUAAGAGAAAUAAAUUUGUUGGCACAGACUCACGAAUUUACUGUGUUCUCCGGAGUUUAAAAAAUUGAAUCCUUUGUUAUUCACACUUGAAAAGGACCUAUGUAAAAUUAAUGUAGAAACGUUGUGCUAUUAAAUUUUGAACAAUAAAGUUGACCAGUUGAUUGACCUAACUAAGAAUUAUUUUUAAUAAUGUAAUAAUGUAAAAAGUAAAAUUAACUAAACAAGUUACGAUAUAGAUUUUUGCAAAGUGAUCUUUACCCUAAUUAUAACAUUUUAUUAAAUUCCAUUUCAUUUGAAAAUUAUAUUAAUUAACAGCUCAAAUACUUGAAAUCUUAAAUUUAUCUUAACUUUCUGCUUUUACGAAACAGUUUAAAACUAUAAAAUGAAAAGACUAGACAUAAGCGGCGCGAAAAUGUAAACUAAUGACAGGUCUAGUUCAAAAUAAUCUUGUAUCAGUCACUCUUUACAAUAAGAUUUUAUUCUAAUGUUAAGAAAAUUUAAAAUUUGUAAUAUUUGAUAAUUAUCUUCUAAACGAAAAUUCGGACAUUAUUCGUGUUCAUUGAUUUAAAAAUCUAAAGACUCAAGCACAUGUGUUGUGUGACAAAAUGAUUUAUUUGUUGUGAUUAUCACAUUGAAAUAUAAAAAUGCUUGUGCCUGGGGAAAUAUUACAGCUAUUUCUGAAUUUGUUUUACUACACUGGCUUCAAAUUUCUUCAACGCGGAAGAGAAAUCUAGAUUCAAGAUGAACAUUUAUAAAAUUAUUUAAUUUAUUCAUAUCUAAUUUAAUUACAUCUGUUAUUUGUAAUAAUUUGUUAAUUUCUUUAAUAUUGACGUUUUGAUAUUUGUGCAUAGGAUCGUAUUAACAUUUAGAAAUAGUUUUAUUUCUAAAUUUAUAAUAUUAUGAAAAACUACUAAAACCAUCAGACAAAUUAUCAACACAUAAUAUUUUGUAGUUUAUGAUUUCUAAGCUUUAUAUUUAGCUACAUAGUAGUGCCAACAUUGGUGACCUUGUAAAAAUAUAUUAAAUUGAAUAUAUUUAAUAGAGAAACAAAUAAGACAUGUGACAGAUGAGAGAUGAGAGAUGAGGAAAGAGAAGAGAGAGAAAGAGAGAGAGAGAGAGAGAGAGAGAGAGAGAGAGAGAGAGAGAGAGGGAGGGAGAGAGAAGGAGAGAGAGAGAAGAGAAGAGAAGAUUUAGACAUGGAGGGGGAGAAAAACGGAGCAAACAGCUCCCAAAUCGGAAUCUGAGCUUAGUCGAGCCGGAUUACAACAAAGAACCUACUACUCACAUAGCAACCUGACGAUACUUUAAUAUCAAAAUAAUAUAUUUGACAACACUUUAACGUCAAAUUAACUUGACUACUUGGGCAUCAAUAUAUUAUUGACUCAAUCAUUAACAAGUCUCCAUUAAACUCGUUGAAACAUACAAAAUAUUUGAAAUAUAAGGAACAGAACAAAUGUUUUAUCGUGAUCAAGAGAAUCCUCAAUGCAUAUGAUUGACUUAUUGACUUAUUUCAAGACGAGCUCCUACCAUCGACAUUUGUUCCAGUAUAUCGAUUAAGAAGAUAUGAAAAUGGAGGAAAAAAUUCAAGUCCAAUCGGAAGAAAACUUGCCUUCGAUAGAAUACACCUUACGUCCAAUAACAUACGUCUCCUGGCUCCUGGGUGUCGGCGUUGCACAUCCGCGCAAAUGCCCCAAAAGUGUUACGAUAAUCAUACGUAUAAUUCAUUUGGCCCUGUGUUCUAUUAGCCUAAUAUACUACUUGAUAGAAUUCUUUGAUUCCGGCUACAAUUUCAAAGGUGAAGCCGACGUAUACACAUGUUUACGCUUCAUGCGUAUCGUGAUAAGUCACGUAUCCACGUUUUACUACAUUUAUCAAAUAAUUGGACAAUACGACAAGUGGCCGGAGCUAAUGGAUAAAAUGAAAGAGGUCAAUGAGAAGAUUAGGAGGGAAAUACCUAUAAAUGACAGGCCAAUAAAAAACAUGGAAGUGCUAGCAAUUCUAGCAACGUUUACUUGUUGUUUUCUGGGCCUAAUUGUGAAAGUCUUACAUUAUUACUUUACAGGUUUAAUUAAAAUCGGGAUUAACUUGACAGUUUAUUACAUUACAGCCCAAUCUCUCAUCAACAGUUUCGUCUUUGACGUUGUUGUCUAUGUGUUAUAUUGUAGAUUACAGGCGAUAAAUAAAUUAAUUGGCCAAUUGAAUGAGCUAUCCGAUACGUCAGUGGUAGCGCUUAAAAUUAGACGCACUCGAGAAAUGCAUAGUGAUAUUUGUGGUCUUGUCAAUAUGGUAAAUGAUAUUCAUAAUUUUCAUCUUCUCCUCUGUUCGCUUACUUGUCUUGCUAUGCUCGUAAGUGAACUGUUCCGAAUUUACACGUUAAUUGAAGCCGGAGAAAAUAUAUUUAACUUAAAAGUUAUUAUCAUCUCAAUUUUGUACUUCACGCAAUUUGGUGUAAUGUGCUGGAUUUGCACACUUGCGCGUCGAGAAGCCGACAAUACUGUGAAAAUUAUAAACAAAAUUGCACUGAAUUUUAAACAUGUAAAUCUUGAACUAAAAGAGAGAAGUAGUCAAUCGAAUUUAGAAAUGCAAACAUCAGUGGAAGAUCCAAACAGCGGACAAAAUUCUAUUUGGAGUAGCAGCCACUAUCUGAACGAUGUCACCAUAGAAAAUCAACGCAAAAACUUGAACCGUGAUUCUAUUAGAAACGAAAUAAAUGAUUUCCUGACUCAACUGCAAUAUUGUCAAGUAGUAUUUACAGCCUAUGAUUUCUUUGAAAUAAACAAUGGGUUAUUUGGUGCUUUCAUUGGCGUAAUCGUUGGUUAUUUGACACUCUGUAUGCAAUUUUAUGAACCCUUUCAAUUAAUGAUUGGAACUGCUUGUGUAAAUUGCAACUGUAAUCUAAUGUUGCAGAAGUAACACGUCGUUCUCCAUUCUACAUAAAGCCAGAGAGAAUUUACAAACUGGUCACAACGUUUUGCUACCCUAUUUGCUACCCUAUUUCAUUUCUUGUAUCUUUAAUAAACCUUUUCAUUACGUUCUUCAAAAAUGUUUAUACUGCGGUAAACUUUAAUAUAAUUACCAAUUAUAUUUGCUUGUAAAUCUGUUUAGCAUAUCGAUUAAAAAGAUAUGAAAAUGGAGGAAAAAGUCCAAGUCCAAUCGGAAGGAAACUUGCCUCCGAUAGAAUACAUCUUACGUCCAAUACAUCUCCGGGCUUCUGGGUGUCGGUGUUGCACAUCCGCGCAAAUGCCCCAAGUGUGUUACGAUAAUCAUACGCAUAAUUCAUUUGGCCCUGUGUUCUAUUAGUCUAACAUAUACAACUGGAUAAAAUUCAAAUACGAUUUUAAUGAUUAUAUUUAAGUUCGUGUGUUGUAUAAACAUAAGGUGUGAUGUGUAUAAUUAUCAUCUUAACCUAAACUUAAUCUAUUAAAUUCUCAAAAUACUA